UGGGCGGAGGGAGCGCUGUAGCGCCCGGUGCCGUCCCCGCCAUGGCGGACCUGGGCCGGCAGCUGCACGAGUACCUCGCGCAGUCCAAGGCCGCUGCUGCCGCCACCGGCCCCAGCACGGUCCCCGCAGCGCCGGCGGCCGGCGGCUCGCAGGAGGAGGCGGGGGACGGCGGCGGGCUGCGGGCCUGGCUGGGGGCGCUGAACCCGUUCCCGCCGGGCAGUGCCCCGGGCGCCACGGUGUGGCCUUGGACGGGAGAGGAGGACCCGUGGCUGCCGGGGCUGUCGCGCUGGCAGCGGCUGGCGGGCAGCGGGCUGUGCGUGCUUCUGGCCGCGCUGUGCUUCGGGCUGGCCGGGCUGUGCGUGCCGCUGCUGCUGCUGCGCGCCCGCAAGUUCGCGCUGCUCUGGUCGCUGGGCUCGCUGUGCGCGCUGGGCGCCGCCGCGCUGCUCCGCGGGCCCGCCCGCCUGCUGCGGGAGCCCGGCCGCGGGGCGCUGCUCUACCUCGGCGCGCUCUUCGGGACGCUGUACGCCGCGCUGGCGCUGCGCAGCACCGCGCUCACCGCGCUGGGCGCCGCCGCGCAGCUCGGCAUCGCCGCCACCGCGCUCCUGGCCGCGCUGCCCGGAGGUGCCGCCGGCCUGCGCCGCCUGGCCGGGCUGCUCCGCGCCGCCGUGUGCGGCCGAGGCAAGGCGGCGCUGCCGCUGUGA